AUGUUCUACAAUGGGCACAAGAGGAAGCACGCCAUGAAGUUCCAAGGGGUAAUUACACCAGACGGGCUAUUUGUGGAUCUGUGGGGCCCCGUGGCGGGGACACGUCAUGACAGCUUUAUUCUAGCGCAGUCUGGGUUGAUGGAGGAGUUGUCGAUGCUAAGGGCCGUUUAAUAAAUUCCAAUUUUUUGUUCCAAAAUUUCCAAAUUUUUGGCGCCAAAUAUUUGGAACCGAAUUGUGGAAAAAAGGGUUUCGUCCUCUACAGACGUUGGGGAGUUUCAACCUUUAUGAAGGUGUUCACCACAUUACCGCCCCCUUUUUCGAGGCUUCUUCUUGUUUGCUAGGCAAGAGAAGUUUUCUUGGGGUAACCGGAACCCGACCGGCUGGCGGCGAGUAAAACCACCUUUUUUCCAACUAUCUUCUGUGCGUGUUGCGGGUGCGCCACUUCCGCCACGCAUUGCCAGAAGUUUCGAGUGCGAUAGACAAUGCAUCGUUUCUUGGUCCACCCACUGUUUUUCUUUUUCCGUACUUCGGAAGAAAAUUAGGUGAGCAGCGGGUUUCGAACCCGUGUCUUUCGCAACCAAAAGCAAACACCUGACAUUUAUUGUCGACGCCAUUGUGGAAAAGAGGGUUU